AUGGUAAAAGAAGAAAAGAAUAAAGUGUGGGAUGACAAAUGCAAAGAAAUUAAUACGUAUAUAGGCGGAAGAAGGAAUACGGAAGUAUGGAGAUUUAUAAAAACAACUACAACUGAAAAACAGGAGUCAGCCCCUAUAGAAAUAAUAACCAACAAAGAAUGGGUGAAAUAUUAUUCCAAAUUGUUGUCAGAGAACAGACCUGAGUAUCAAGAACCGCCACAGCCAGAAAUAAACAUUGAAGGAGAGGAAAUCUACGUGGAUACCAACAAAAUAAAGACCGCUAUAAUGUCUUUAAAGAAUGGAAGAGCAUGUGGCCCAGAGGGAGUAUAUGCGGAACUCAUAAAAUCUGGAAGCAAAAAACUGUUUAGAAAGUUAACAAACAUAGUUAACCAGUGCUUAAAUGGUCAUCCAGUACCUGAACAGUGGAAAAAAGCAUAUAUCUCUUCUAUAUAUAAAAAGGGCUCAAGGAAGGAUCCCAAUAACUACAGGGGAAUUUCGGUCACCAGCACUAUGAGUCGCCUCUAUGGAAGGAUACUGAGGAACUUAAUUGAAGAAGAAUACUCCAGUUACGAAGAAGAAGAGCAGAAUGGUUUCAGAAGCGGAAGAUCAUGUACAGAUAAUAUCUUUGCAUUGAAAUCUGCAAUGAACCAGGAAGUUCAUAUAACAUUCAUUGAUCUACAAAAAGCAUAUGAUACAGAGCCAAUAAAAUUAUGGGAAGGUCCUGGGGCGCCGUAUCUGAUUGUCAUUCUCGACGGGGCCGAGGAUGAGCACGAACUACAUCCAUGUCUGCAACGGCCCCGUCCUUCGGGGGGUAUUGUCCCGAUGGCGGUUUUUGACGUAUUUCAGAUCGAAACUUUGUUUGCUUAG